GACCACUAUGGAGCCUCUCAGCCUGCUGCUCUGCUGGGCCCUUUUGGGGGUAGCCUGUGCUGAGGAGCCCAAGGAGCGGGACCCCUUCACCUAUGAUUACCAGUCUCUGCGCAUUGGGGGCCUCAUCUUUGCCGUCAUCCUCUUCCUGCUGGGCAUCCUCAUCAUCUUCAGUCGUCGCUGUCGCUGCAAGUUUAACCAACAACAGAGGACGGGGGAGCCUGACGAGGAGGCGGGGACCCUGCGCAGCUCUAUUCGCCGCCUGUCCACUCGGAUGAGAUGAGUGGGGCAGGUGAGUGAUUGGGGGGCGGACCUGGACGCCUGGUUUCUGAGCUGG